AUGCCGGUGACCUCAGCAAAGGCGCUGGGAUCCCUCCGCCUGGCAGCGAGUGGCGUCACCAGGCAGCGCCUCAUUCUCUCCAACAGCCCGCGCACCGCCGCCACCACAGCGAGAUGUACACAGCUGCGAAGCUUCACCAAGCUCUGCUCCCGACCUAGAACAGGUGCCCUGGCAGCGAACUCGGCCGAGCGACGCCAACUCCAGUCCCAGCUCCCACAUCCCAGCCUCGUGCUCGCUCGCGCGCUAUCUGGAAAGCCGCUGCCCCAGCGCAAGUCGUGGCUGCUCAACUUCCUCUACCGAGCUGCUGCGUGGGUUGGCAUCUCGAGUGUCGUCCUGGGCGGCGGUAUUUUGGGCUUCUUUUUGUACGACGCCAGCACCUACCAUGAAAAUGUCACGCAGAGCGACAUCGACGUAUCGCAGCUUGCGCUUCAUCCACGCCGCGGCGGCCCCAAGAAUCUACCAAUCGCCGAGGCAUUUAUCGACGACGAUGUGAGCAAGAGCAAGCCAAGGCUGGUUAUCCUGGGUGGUGGAUGGGGCGGCGUGGCACUCCUCAAAGAACUGAAUCCAGACGACUACAAUGUCACCGUCAUCUCCCCCGCAAAUUACUUUCUCUUUACCCCGAUGCUGCCAUCCGCUACUGUGGGAACCCUAGAACUACGUUCCCUAGUUGAGCCAAUUCGACGAAUCUUGAGUCGUGUGCACGGCCACUUUAUACGAGCUAAAGCAGAAGACGUCGAGUUCUCGGAGAAGCUGGUCGAGGUCUCCCAGCUGGAUCACACGGGCAAGGAGGUCCGCUUCUACGUCCCCUAUGAUAAACUGGUCGUGGCUGUUGGCUCUUCAACAAACCCUCACGGUGUCAAGGGCCUGGAGAAUGCCUUUUUCCUCAAAGAUAUCAACGAUGCGCGGAUGAUCCGGAACAAGGUCAUUCAAAACCUUGAGCUUGCUUGUCUACCUACUACCACAGACGACGAGCGCAAGCGGCUUCUUUCCUUUGUCGUUAGUGGUGGUGGACCGACUGGCGUCGAGUUUGCUGCAGAGCUCUUUGAUCUCCUGAACGAGGACUUGACUCGACACUUCCCCCGUCUACUACGAAAUGAGAUAUCCGUCCACAUCAUUCAGAGCCGAGGCCAUAUUCUCAACACUUAUGACGAAACGGUUUCUAAAUAUGCAGAGGAGCGGUUCAACCGUGACCAGAUUGAGGUGCUCACCAAUUCGCGGGUAAAGGAAGUUCAGCCGGACAAGAUUAUCUUUAGCCAGAAGCAAGAGGACGGAUCUGUUUUAACCAAAGAACUUCCAAUCGGCUUCUGUCUGUGGUCUACCGGUGUCUCUCCAACCAGCCUUUCUCAGAAAUUGGCAAAGAAGCUCGGUGAUGUUCAGACAAACCGACAUGCGCUGGAAACAGAUACCCACCUUCGCUUAAAUGGCGCUCCUUUGGGCGAUGUUUAUGCCAUUGGCGAUUGUUCCACCGUCCAGAACAACGUGGCCGAGAGCAUCGUUACCUUCCUCCGAAACCUCGCGUGGAAGCGUGGAAUCGAACCCGAAAAGCUCCAGCUCCAUUUCUCGGACUGGCGCACAGUUGCGCAGGACGUCAAGAAGCGAUUUCCGCAGGCGGUCAAUCACCUCAAGCGUCUCGAUAAGCUCUUUUUCGAAUUCGACAAGGACCAGUCCGGGACUCUCGACUUUGGCGAGCUGCGAGAGUUACUUAAUCAGAUCGACAGCAAGCUGACAUCGCUCCCCGCCACGGCUCAGCGUGCCCACCAGCAGGGAAGUUACCUGGCCCACAAGUUCAACAAGAUGGCGAGGAUCUCGGAUGCAAUGCUGGCAAACGAUAUCCGGGAUGGUGAUUUGGAUGCUGCCAUCUACAAGGCGUUCGAAUACCGCCACCUGGGUAGCUUGGCAUAUAUUGGAAACUCCGCUGUGUUUGACCUGGGUGAUGGCUGGAGCAUGGCUGGUGGACUCUGGGCUGUUUAUGCCUGGAGAUCAGUUUACUUUGCGCAGAGUGUGAGCUUCCGAACAAGAAGCUUGAUGGCGAUGGAUUGGAUGAAGCGAGGACUCUUUGGUAGAGAUCUUGUGGCUUUUUAA